UCUGGCCUUCAAAAUCCCCUACUAAAACCCACUCCCUUCUUUACUCCCUACUAACCCACAUUUUUCUGCCCACUCAGAUGCCUCAUUCCAAAUGAAUUUCAACUCCAUUUUAAACCUCUCACUCCUCCUCCUUCUCCUCCGCCUCGCCGCCGCCACCGUCGGCCAUGGCUCCCUCUCUGACGCCGAAGCUCUCUAUAUCCGGCAGCGUCAGCUUCUGUACUAUCGAGAUGAGUUCGGCGACCGUGGCGAGGAAGUUACCGUCGACCCAUCUCUCGUUUUCGAAAACGAAAGGAUCAGAAACGCCUACAUUGCACUUCAAGCUUGGAAACUCGCCAUUUUGUCCGACCCACUGAAGCAAACAGCUAAUUGGGUCGGAUCUGAUGUCUGCACCUACACCGGCGUUUACUGUGCUCCCGCAUUGGACAACCCCAACAUUCGUACUGUCGCCGGCAUCGAUCUCAAUCACGGCGACAUUGCCGGAUACCUCCCCGAGGAGCUCGGUUUGCUUGUGGAUCUAGCAUUGUUCCACAUCAACUCCAACAGAUUCUGCGGCACUGUUCCUCACAAAUUCGACCGUCUCAAGUUGCUUUAUGAGUUGGAUCUCAGUAAUAAUCGGUUCGCCGGGAGGUUUCCCGAUGUGGUUCUCAGGCUUCCGAUUCUCAAGUUUUUGGAUCUGAGGUUUAACGAAUUUGAAGGCAGUGUACCCAGAGAGCUGUUUGAUAAGGAUUUAGACGCCAUUUUUAUUAACCAUAAUCGGUUUAGAUUCGAACUGCCGGAUAAUUUUGGGAACUCGCCGGUGUCGGUGAUUGUUGUGGCCAACAAUAACUUCCAUGGGUGUUUGCCUAAGAGCUUGGGCAACAUGACGAGGCUGAAUGAGAUCAUUAUGAUGAACAAUGGACUAAAUUCUUGCUUGCCGCCGGUAAUUGGGGCGUUGAAGAACUUGACAGUGUUCGAUGUUAGUUCAAAUCAGUUGGUGGGGCCAUUGCCGGAGACCUUUGGAGGGCUUGUGAGUUUGGAGCAACUCAAUGUAGCUAAUAAUUUUCUUUCUGGGAAGAUUCCGGGGAGUAUUUGUGAUUUGCCCAAGCUUCAGAACUUUACGUUCUCGAAUAACUUCUUUUCCGGUGAGCCGCCGGAGUGUUUGAGGGUUCCGGAGUUCAGUGAUCGGAGGAAUUGCUUACCGGGACGGCCAAUGCAGCGGCCAAGUGGGAAAUGUAACUCGUUUUUGUCGAACCCUGUUGAUUGUAAUGCGUUUAAAUGCGGUGGUUCUUCGUCUGUUACGCCUUCUUCUCCGUUUUCCCCUCCGGCUGUUUCGCCCUCUUCGCCUCCAUCACCGGUGGCGCCGUCGUCACCUCCGUCUUUCCCGUCACCAGUGGCGCCAUCAUCACCUCCGUCGCCGUCUCAGUCUCCGAGUACACCGACGGAACCGCCAUUGUCGCCCCAUUUUCCUCCACUAUCGCCACCGCCGUCGCCUUCAUCUCCGACUACACCUACAACUCCCUCAUCGCCGCCUCAUUUUCCAUCUCCAUCUGCUCCGUCGCCUUCAUCUCCGACUACACCUACAACCCCCUCAUCGCCACCUCAUUUUCCAUCUCCAUCUGCGCCGUCACCUUCAUCACCGCAUCAAGGUCCUUCUCCGCCGUCACUACCCUCACCUUCCUCGCCGCCUCUAGGUCAUACUCCGCCAUCUGAGCCCACACAACCAUCGCCACCUCACAGUCAUACCCCGCCUACUCCACCUUCACCAACCAAGCCCUCGCCAUCAUUACCGCCACAAGGCCACACUCCCCCUGGUCCUUCGCCGUCCGAGCCCUCACCAUCAUCGCCACCACAAGCCCAUACUCCGCAAUCUCCACCUUCACCGACCGAGCCCUCUCCUUCCUCGCCGCCAUAUGGCCACAUUUCCCCGGCUGAGCCUUCUCCACCUGGAAUAUCAGCACCGCCAUUCCCAGUUCACACUCCGCCUCCACCACAUUUCCCUGAUUUUCCUUCGCCGCCAAAUACCCAACCUCCAGUCUACUGCCCACGAUCCCCAUAUCCACCAUCCCCUCCAUCCUACUCCCCAAACCCACCUGAUUCUCACUUCACCUCCCCCCCGCCGCCGCCACCUGUUUAUUCCCCACCCCCUGUUCAUACAUCGCCGUCCCCUCUCCCCUGCACAAAACCUCCAUCUCCCCCACCAGGUGCUCACUAUUCAGAACCACCGCCUCCUCAGUCUUCAACACCGUCUUCCCCGAUCCACUACAACUCCCCACCACCACCACCACCACCACCACCGGGGCAAUAUCAAUCUCCUCCCUCACCUUCACCUCCGGUCAGCGUGUAUCCACCGCUAUCUCCCUCACCCCCACCUCCAGUGAUUUACGAAAGCCCGCCGCCGCCUCCAACUCCAGUAUACGGUGGCCCACUGCCUCCAAUCUACGGAGUUCCCUACGCCUCUCCUCCACCCCCACCCUUCUAUUAAUUAUUUAUCAUCUCUCCGGCCAAUUCUCCCAAAACUUCCCCACCUGCGAUUUCCCCCAUUGAGCUUCAUUCCUGAUCAAAUCUUCUCCCUCUGGUCAAUCCUCAUCGACCACGGAGAAACAAUAAUAGAAACGAAAAACUCCAUCAAAUGUUGAAGAAACAGAGAGGAAGAAAUUCUAUAUUUCUUUUCACAUUGCUAUGUAAUUCAUCGUUUUUUAGUCUCUGCAAUAAAAAUUAGUAGAAUUUGCAGGGGAA